AUGGGCAAGUUUAAUGUUCUUCUCUUGGCUGGCUUGGCCGCCAAGUUGGUAGCGGCCAAGGACGUCUAUCUUGACUGGAACGUCACCUGGGUCAAUGCCUCCCCAGACGGAUUCGAGCGACCUGUGAUCGGUAUCAACAACCAAUGGCCCUGCCCCCAGGUUGAUGUGGAUGUCGGAGACAGAUUGAUUGUCGAUGUUUACAACGGGCUGGGCAACCAGUCCACCGGCAUCCACUGGCAUGGCUUCCACCAAUAUGGCACCGGCAUCAUGGACGGCAGUACCUCUGUCACCCAAUGCCCUAUUCCUCCCGGACAGCACAUGCAGUAUCACUUCGAUGUUAACCAAACUGGAACUUACUGGUAUCACUCGCACAACAUGGGCCAGUACCCUGAUGGAUUCCGCGGGGCAUUUAUUGUCCAUGACCCGAAACCCCCUUUCCAUUUCGACGAGGAGAUCACUUUGACUAUGAGCGACUGGUACCAUGAGCAGAUGCCUAACCUGCUCAACCAAUACCAGUCCGUAGAAAACGCCAACGCUGGUGGACACGAACCGCUUCCUGAUUCUGCCCUCAUCAACGAUUCUUCCAACACCAAGAUCAAGGUUGUGCCUGGGAAGACAUAUCUUGUUCACAUCAUUUGUCUUGGAAACUGGCCUGGUCAUGCUUGGGUCAUCGAUGGCCACGAGAUGACCGUUGUCGAGGUCGAUGGUGUAUAUGUUGACCCUUAUCCUACUGGCGAUAAAAUGCUGCGCGUCGCUCCUGGCCAGCGCAUGGGUGUACUCAUUCAUACCAAGCCAGAUGCCAGCCAAAACUUCGCUAUUUGGGAUACCAUGGACAUCAACAUGAUGUUCUUCUAUGAGAACCGUCCUAUCCCGGCUGGCUUCAACCCUAAUGCCACUGCUUGGCUUGUGUACGAUGAGGCUAAGCCUUUGCCUCCUCCCCCGGAUAUUCACCAACUGGAUCCAUCUGUAUUUGUUGACGACCUUGACUUUGUCCCUGCCGACAAGCAGCGACUUUUGCAACCUAUGCACCACCAAAUUAUCUUGAAUACUGCCGAUACCGUGGUCGAUGGUGUGAAGCGCUUCACCAUCAAUAACAAAACCUAUAUCCCCCAGGACGUCCCCACUCUGUACACGGCCAACACCAUUGGAUCGAAUCUCUCAUCUAAUCCUGAAGUGUAUGGACAAGUCAACCCGUUUGUCGUGCAGUAUGGUGAGAUUGUGGAAAUUGUCAUCAACAACCACCAUAACAAUCUGCACCCAUGGCAUUUGCAUGGCCACCAGUUCCAGGUCGUGCAGCGCUCUGAUGUUAAUGGUGGUUUCUUUACUGGCGGCUACUGGCAAAACAUCUCCCACACCCCCGUUCGUCGUGAUACCAUUAUGGUACAGAACAAUGGCCACGCAGUAAUCCGCUUCCGCGCCGACAACCCUGGCGUGUGGCUUCUGCACUGCCAUGUUGAAUGGCAUGUCGAGGCUGGCCUGACUGCUACUAUCAUUGAGGCCCCCGAGACAUUCCCCCAGUCCCAGAAAGCGCCCCCCAAGAGCCACUACGACGUCUGUGCUGCCUACCCUGACCCCAGCAAUGGCAACGCAGCUGGAAAGCAUGGUCUUGAUCUUGCUGGUGCUCAUACAAAGGUCACUUCCGGCGACAAUGGUGCUAUGUACCCAGAGGGUGGGAAGCCCGCCCCGGUAUUGUCAUCUGCUGCACCCCCUCCGGCUAAGCCCAGCACUGCUCCUCCCCCAGCGCAGCCUGACACCCAGCCCCCGGCUCCCACGCCUACUCACCCCAAGGGCCCCCCUCCCUUCCAGCCGCUUGCUCCCAAACCCAAGCCUACUGCCGAGCAGCCUGCGCCCAAACCGGCUCCUGCAAAGCCGGCGGCUCUUCAGCCAGCUCCUCAGCAACAGCCCGCUCCUCAGCAACAGCCCGCUCCAGCUCAGGCCCAGCCCAUUCCUGUUGCUGAGCCAGUCCCUGUUGCUGAGCCGGUUCCUGUUGUUGAGUACUAUCCUGAGCCUGAACAACAGGACGAGCCUAUCUACGCUUCCGAGACUGAUGACUCGGGACCAUGGCCACAAGCAGGCACCGAUUAUGCCCACGGACAGAUUGGUGAUGGAUCGGACGGUAAGCCUAUUGUGGGACACACUGAGGAUAACAAGGGUCCCUGGCCCAACCCCCAUACCAACAAUGGUUACAUUGAGGAGGGUGGCCACAAGAUCAAGACUCCUGAGGACACCUACCCCGACCUUCCUAAGGAUUACCAAUACUGGGGUCAGUUUGAACGCGAGCAGUAG